CCUCCCUCUCUAUUUCGCACUCUCUUCCUCACACAAUCUGCUGAACAUCAUGUCAUGGGCGUCGUCGUGUCGCAUCCCAUCGCCUUCCGAGACUUGUGAAGAAUUGAAGAAAACUAUCGAUAAGUUGGGUGAUAUUGCUGCACAAUUGAAAGCCGUUAGAGUCGAUAUGGAAAAGAAUAUAAAAAAUUUUGCGUAUAACAGAGGAAAAAGCCGUUUUCGAAAGGAAAAAAAACAGAGGAAUAAGCCGAGAUCGACAAGGAAUACUGGAGCAGAGACUCCUCGAAUUUCAGAUGUCGUCGUCAGAGUUCCAACAAUGAACAUCAUGGCAUGGGCGUCGUCGUGUCGCAUCCCAUCGGAGGGUUAUGAUGAAGAAUUAAAGAAAGCUCUCUGUGAGCUGCGUGCUAUUGGUGCAGGAUUGAAAGCCAUUAUAGCCAAUUGGGAUAAGGAUGUGAAAAUUUUGGCCUUUAACAAAGGAAAAAGCAGAGGAAAAAGCCGGUUUCAAAAGAAAAAAAAACAGAGGAAUAAGACGAGAUCGGCAAGGAAUACUGGAGCAUAGACUCCUCAAAUUUCAGAUGUCGUCGACAGAGUUCCAACCAAAAAAACAGAUACCUUAUAAAUGAAUUGUUUUCUGUGUAAGGAUUUCAUGCAUUUUUUAUUUACUGCCCUGCUUGUCCUGGCAUUUUACUGUAAGGAUUUCAUCAUUUAUUUGUUUAAUAAAUAAGAGCAUUUUAAUCCCUAACUAUUGAUGUCUGUUGGGGGGAGGGAGCUACGGCGGUGGAAGG